GUAUCCCAAACCGGAGAGUGGUACCUUAAAGAUGCUGAAUAUCGCGAGGAGGGUGGUACUCCAGACAGCGUAGGUAUUAUACGUCUGGCAUUGGCUGUGAAGCUGAAGCGAGCCGUAGGCGAAAGUGCCAUCGUUGCGCUGGAGAAACACAAGUCGAAAAGAUUUCUGGAAGGUUUGCAAAAAUGCGACAAUGUCACUUUGCUAGGAUCAUCUGCAGUGAAGAAGAGGCUCGCAGUAUUUUCUUUUCUCGUAAAGGACUCUGUUUCGGGACUGUUCUUCCAUCAUAAUUAUAUCUCCGCUUUACUCAAUGAUCUAUUUGGUAUACAAUCUAGAGCAGGAUGUAUGUGUGCGGGACCGUAUGCGCAGUAUCUGAUGGGCAUCAAUGAACAGCUAGCUCUUCAAUAUCUGACUGCACUACGUGAGGCCGAUGGACUUGAUCGCACCCAUCUUCGAAGAGUUGGGGAAUAUUCCUCUAAUGAAAUGCUUAGACCAGGGUUUACGAGAGUGUCAGUGCCGUAUUUUUGGACGGAUGAGCAGAUAGAUUACGUGGUCGAUUGCAUUCGCUUUGUUUCUGAACGAGCUGCAGAUUUUAUUCAUUUGUACCAGCUGAAUUGUGAAAGUGCAGAGUGGCACCACCACAAACAGCGAACGUUUCAUGCUAGGAAAUGGCUGGGGUAUGUAUCGUUUACCAAGAAUGGUUUGGUUGUGGAGGAAAAGAAGGUAUAG